AUGGCUCUGGCUACCACACUCAGCAUCUCGGGAGGAGUCACGAUCUUCUUGUCCAUCGUGUUGAGCUUCGGGUACUCCUCCUGGACGGCAGCAACAAUCUGUAUGGGCGCUGGGAUAAUGGUCGUCUACGGCGUGGACUUCAUCGUACAAAAACUCGCACCGAACCAGGGGUUCGUCAAGAUGGACGAGGCUGCCAAAGAGAAGCUACAGCGGAUGGGGAUUUUGAGUGGAAUCGCCAUCGCGUUGCACAAUAUCCCGUCAGGUAUCGCCACGUUCACCGCCGGAAUUGAAGACCCAGCGAUCGGUCUAUCCAUGGCAAUUGGCGUCGGGCUCCACAACAUCGCGGAGGGUGUUGCGGUGGCCGCACCAGUGUACUUUGCCACUGGUAGCAAGUGCAAAGGAAUCAUGUGGUGUAUCGUAGCCGCCAUCGCAGAGCAUGUCGGGGCCUUUAUCGCCCUCGGCAUUAUUCGUAAAGAUGACAACGAUUUCGCCCAAGCAGCUCUCUACGGCGUUAUCUCCGGGAUGAUGUCUACCAUUACGAUGAAAGAGAUUUUUCCAACUGCCUACACCUACGCGAAUGGUCGCAUUCACCUCGUUUCCAAUGGUGCCCUAAUGGGCAUGGUCCUGAUGUCCUUGAGUCUUUACUUCUUCAGGUACGUGGGAAUAGGAAAAUAA